ACAAGACAUAGAGGGAGUGUGUAACAUACAAACGAUUCAAGUUUAUCAUCGAUGCGAGAAAACACCGCGAUGUUACAGUUUUUGUAAUUGGGUGUGAUGCACGUUGCACGUUCGAGAUUAGAGAAUCAUCGACGCGGAUGACUUAUGGCUCUCUUUAUCAAAGUUUAACGAUUCGCUCGUGUAUAGACUAAACAAGUGUGAAAAGUGUUGUUUCUGAGCCAGUGUCAUUCAGGGAUCUGUUUCUUCGACUCGCGGGUGUUUUAUUAUAGUGAACCCUUCUCCGAAGAUUACGUUUUCUUGAACCUUACGAUUAAAAAGACGAAAUAAAAGAAGGAACGACGCGCCAACAAAUCAGGUCACAACCAUGAAAUUCACCAUCCCGCUACAGCAAUUCAAGAAAUUCGUAAUACUAUUCCUUCUGGGGACCACUUGCAGCGUAUUGGCAUACAUCCUCUAUGUAAUUAAUCCUGUGAAAACGAUAUUAGAAUACAACGUGCGAUUGAGACCAAAUUCGUUGAUUUUCGAGUUAUGGAAAAAACCUCCGAUCGACGUAUACAUAAAGGUGUACAUAUUCAAUGUUACUAACGCGGAGGAAUUCCUCAAGGGCGAAGAAAAAUUGAAAGUAGAAGAAGUCGGGCCCUAUGUAUAUCAGGAGAUUUUGGAAAAUGAAAACAUCACUUGGCACAAGAACAACACGAUGUCUUACAUACCGAGGAGGACGAUAGUAUACAUCCCAGAAAUGUCCGUAAGGGACCCAAAAGAAGAUAUCGUACACGUUCCAAAUGUACCCAUGUUGGGUCUCUCCUCGUCGUUGCACGACAGCGGAUUUCUGAUUAAUUACCCAUGGGCGAGGUUGGUCAACAUGAUGGACUGCAAGCCAAUUCUGAACAUAAGCGUUCACGAUUAUCUUUGGGGCUACGAAGAUCCUCUCAUUCGUUUGGCGAGUGGCCUCAUGCCGAACUUCAUCAACUUUCGCAAAUUUGGUUUACUCGACAGGAUGUACGACGAAGGGGACAACGUCGUAUUUAUGAACAUUGGCACAAAUGACAAUAUGACGAACGAGGAUGGACGUUACCUCAGUAUCGAAUCGUACAAUGGCAGUCCGGGAAUGUCUCAGUGGGGAUAUCGAGAACCGGAAGGAAACGAGACAUACCCAGAAAAUACUGUUUGCAAUAGCAUCAAGGGCUGUACCGAGGGUGAACUGUUCCCAUCGAAUUUGGACAAGUACGCAACGUUCAGAAUAUUCAGAAAAUCGUUUUGUAGAGCGAUACCGAUUGUUUUCAAAAAGGAAGUGUGGCUGGACGGUGUCAACGGAUAUUUAUACACCGUGGCAGAGAAUUUCCUAGACCCGCCUGACCAGAAUCCGGAUAACGGCUGCUUCUGUUGGAACAAGAACAAGUGCUUGAAGAAAGGACUCUCCGACAUGACACCAUGUUAUUACAACAUCCCAGCUGCGAUGUCUCUGCCGCAUUUCCUCAAUGCCGAUCCGAGUUUAUUCGACGGUGUCGAAGGCCUUAAUCCGGAUCCCGAGAAACACGGCACAAAGAUCGUUCUCCAACCGGCGGUUGGCAUCCCGAUGCACGUUAACUCCAGAAUCCAGAUCAACCUGGUGAUGUACCCAACGUCCUACAACUCCAAGAUCUCGGCUUUCAAUGGGAAAACGAUACCAUUAUUCUGGACCGAUUUGUCCAUACCUUCGUUGCCGAACAAUAUGCUGGUCGGAAUGAAAUUGAUUCUUCACGUGGCGCCUUUAGUGCAGACAGUGAUGAUCUGGUUGCUGGUGAUCGCAGGGGUAACGAUGACUGGAUUAUCGAUACCAGCGUUGGUGUGGGCCAUCAAUCAGCAACAGAAAUCGCUUCAAACCGAGAGAAGGGACAGCACCGAUUUAAGGAUACCGUUGAACUACGGACAGUACACGACGAUGCGUAUUUUGCCAGCCAUCAAGAAGAUCACAUCCAGAACGGAUCUUUUUCCAUAGUUAUCGACUGUCUAGCAAGUAUAUACGAGGCUCAAAGUUAAACGUAUUGCGACGUUAAAAAUAACGAAAACUGUCUACGUAUUCAUAAAAAAAAUGAACCACGCACACGCGUACGCAGGAAAACGAGGAUAACGAUAAGGAGUAUAAUGGGAGCACACGAGUACGUUAGUUCCCGCGAGAAGAACAGAUGACUAUGCUCUCUCGUCUACUUUUAACAGGCUCUGAAUACGGAGGUACAAGGUAUUCUGCGUUACGGUACACAUUCAGGGUUUCGUGCUAAAAAUAUUCUCUUUAUGGAUCAAUAUUAUUCUCCCAGGACGUUAUUACGGUGUGUUUCGACCCAGACCGCACGGUGGGCCAGCUGACACGUUUAGCGUGUGCUUCGCGCCUAUACAGGGGCCUUAAAGCGCAAAACCAAAAUCGAGUUGAGAAAUUAAUAUAGCCUUGUGAUCAGUUUCUGACUCAAUAAUGGGUAAUUUUGGUAGAGCAAUAUUACCGCGUUUCAUCCUGGACCUCCUAGUUGAACUCAAUAUUUCAAUGCAAUGCAAUUCCGCGCAAAGUACGAAAAUCUAAUCAAGCUAGUAACUUAUCCAAGGUAACACGUCGACUGCCACGCCAGUCAAGUACGGAUAGCCAGUGUUUUCCACUGAGAACUUAAAAGAAUUAAUUCGAGUGUUACUAAAUGAAUUAAGGGGGCAUCCGGAAUUAGGAGGUCUAAAAAAAAGCGGUUUUUCGUGAAUUUUUUUAGGAUGGAAAAAAAUAAUUAAUUCUAUCGAACUUUUUAUCCUAUUUUCAUACAUAUUCGAGUAGUCUAUACUAAUUUUUCCAACAAGAAAUAUCCAAAGUGAGCCGACACCUCACAAUUAAAACCUUCUAUCGGCGGGAAAGAUGCAGGUCGUAAUUUUGGUUUGACACAAAAAAAAAAAACCAAAAGAAAUGUUCAUUUUCAUACAUUUUUUAUCUAUGUGAACCUUAGGAAACUCCGCAAGAAUGGUGAAAUGUGAAAUUACUGCAAGUUUGAACAAAAGAACGAGUUCUUUGGGUGCAAAAAAAUCGCUUUAACUUUUAACAAAUGUUGUUUAAAAUUUUUUUUGUAUGAAUUUUCUUGGUUUACAUAGAUGAAAAAUGUAUGAAAAUGAACAUUUCUUUUGGUUUUUUUGUGUCAAAUCAAAAUUACGACCUGCAUCUUUCCCGCCGAUAUCGAUAGGAGGUUUGAAUUGCGAGGUUCUCUACAAAUGUGCGUCGCAGUCGAUUCAAUUUGAAUAUUUCUUGUUGAAAAAAUUUGUACAGACUACUCAAAUAUGUAUGAAAAUAAGAUAAAAAGUUUGAUAGAAUUAAUUAUUUUUUUUUCGUCAUAAAAAAAUUCACGAAAAACCGGUUUUUUUAAAACCUCCUAAUUCAGGAUACAAUGUGAAUUUGAAUUUGAAUUUGAAUUUUCGCUUAUGCGCAUUAAAAAGUACGUCAGUGCAGUGCUUUGAUUAACAAUAAGUCAACAAUUUUAGAAAUUAUAAAAAAUAAAUUUUGUGCCUCGUAUUGUUGUAACUGUUGUUAGCUAAUAUUCGAAUAUGACAACAGACGAAUAUUGUUGUUUGUUGAAAAGAAAAGACUACCAAAGAGUAUAGGAUAGAGGAAAAGUAGCAGUAUGAAUGUAAGUGACCAUUGGAGUUUCAGGCUCUGAACUAUUGAGUUUGUUGGAGACUUAGGGCUUGCGUCUAUUUGAAACGUGCGUUAUAUCCAAAGGGUUUGAUUAUAUCUAUUAGCCAAUAAAUUAUUGUAAGUAAUAAAAGAAAUUACAAACAAAAAAUGGUUCGUUGUCGCGUAAAAGGUCGCCUUAGAACUCGAAACAAAAAUAAAAACCAUUCGUUCUUCACUGAACCAACAAAUUUACUGAUGUAAGUACAUUAAAAUUAAAUUAAUUAUAUUAUGUGUAACAAAAUUUAUAAUUUAAUAUUAAUAAAGUGAUUACAUAUUAUUAUAAAAAAAGUAUUUUAUUGUAAUGUAAUGAAUUACAGACGAAAGCAGUGGAGAGAAUUUGUAAAAGUUCAAGAAAUCUUCAGUGUUUCUUGAAUUUUGCCGCCGAUUUAGGAUCGGUUCAUAGGCCUGAUUCACCACAGGCGGUGAAACUUAUAUUAUAUUUUAACAUUGACUCUUAUGGGCUACUUCUCCUCUAUCCUAUACUCUUUGAACUUACAAUAUGUAUUACUACUAUUUGUACGACCAUGAAAACUAAAAAUCUAAAAGUAAUGAUUAUCGAUAUGGUCAAAGUUGGUUUUCGGAUUUUUAUAGUACUACAGCUUAGAAAUUUUAAUAGAAAUCGAUUUUUAAUAUUACAGAAUUUUAAAUUACUAUCAUGUUUUUAGAUUUUAUGAUUUUUUCGAGAGAAGACACAAUAUGUUUUAUAAUAAUAUUAUGAUCAAUAUCUUAAGUUUCUUAAGCAGAUAAUGUUUUUUGUUAGAAAAUAAUAAAAGGUUGCAUAAUAUUUAAGCCAUUUUAUAAGGGAUCUGUAUUUCAUGAUUCUAAAAAACAUUGUAUCUAUUCUCAUUUGUCAUCCUAAAUAUAGAAGGAAAAAUUGUAAUACCAUCAUUUCAUUUCUGUAUUAUUUUUUUCAUUAUCACAAUAUCAUUCAAAUCAUAUGUCAGUUAUCACACAAUAGUGAUAUAAAUGUAGCAUUACACUAUAAUUGUACAAAUUUCAGAAAAUAUUUGAUAAGCAAUUGCAAUUUAAUAAUAAAAAUUUAAAAUCUAAUUUGUUACAUAUGUCCUCCAAAUGUCCAUACAGUAAUAUGUUAAUAUUUAAUUAAUAAAAACUACUACACCAUCAUA